AUGGAGGGUUUCACUGAAAGCAGUAGUGUCGGGAAAUGUAAUAGGAUGCCUUUUCCCGAACUUUUGGAGCAUGAUAGGAAGGUUGUAAGAAACAGUAAAAUGUUUCUAGAGUUGAAAGACAAACUAGCUUCAUUUGUUUCGGAAAUCGAUAGAGUACGAUGUUUAGCGCUUGGUAGCUUUAGUAAAGACUCGCCAGCUAGAUACCAGUUGGCUCUCUUGCUAGAAAUGAUCGAUUUUCUUACAUCAGCAUCAAUAAGGUGUUCUGUUUACGACCCUGUUUUCAAUAAGGAUGAUAUCAAGUUUAUAGAAUCACUUGGGGACUCUUGGAGCGUUGAUGAGAAGGUUCCGUGGGACUUGGAAUGCAGCAGAAAUACUCUUUACUAUCUUCCACAUGCUCCUUUGUCUCUUAGUGAGGUGGUUGUAAAAGAAGAACAGCCGCGGAUCUUCUUGGCAAACCACUUACUUCAGCACACAGAUAGAUACACUAAACAGGAAUUGUUUGAAAAGUACCCAUUGAUGAGUAAGCUUGUGAAUCUACUUAACUUAGGAGGCUUGGGAUCUUGUCCGAUGGUAAAUGAUGGCUUUGUUCGGUAUGUAUCUAAGAAAUCUCGAAAAAGAAGGAAUAAGAUUCAAUAUCGAGAACCAGAACUAGAAUUCGAUGCUAUCGAAUCUUACUUUACUGAUUGUAGGAUUCUGACUGACUUUGAGAGUGGUAAGUUACUUAGGAACUCAAUUUGGCUUAACGCCUUUUCAGACUUGACAUUACAUUGCAUAGAGUAG